AUGCCUGUCCACCCCGCCGAAGAGCGUGCCACUGGCAGCAUCACCGACCAAGUCGCCAAGGAGUCCUCUGACUCGAACGCGUCCUCUCAUCCUAACCACCAGGAAGAUACCGGCGCGACCUCUGGCGGCUCUCUAUCCUCGCUCGCACACAAGGCUGCUCCCGGACCCGUCCACGCCGAGAACCUUCCCGAGCCCGCGAGCAAGGAGGAGCUCAAGAAGAGGGCUGACGAGCUGAACAAAUAA